AUGGCAACACCGCGUUGCAAGAAGGAUGGCGGGGCACCCUCUUCAGGCACGAAUGGGGCAGUGGAAGUGUUUGUUGCAGAGACUAGUGAUAUUCGCGAUCUUCUUUACAAGUACCGUGCUGAAGAAGAACUCUUGAGGAGCGACUUGCGCAGCUUUGUGCAUCGUGAGAUCGAUGAGCAGGCGACAUUUUCUCAUUUGCGUGCUUCUGUUAACCAAAGCGAGCUGUCUUCUCUGCGUGAUCCCAGAUUUAUCGAGUAUAUAGCGCGGUUUCAAGCGGAAGAAAAGGCUGUAGCCCCAUCUGCCGUAUCGACUGGUGACCCGAUGACCACUGCGUGCACUGUGAGUGUAGGAGCGAUGGGCGCUCAUGCCAACUGCCAGUGGUGGGCGCCACGUAUGAAAGAAAAGGGCUCGCCAUGGCUUCGUUGCUGGACGCCCGACGCAGCGUUGCCCUUGGCAGCCUUCAAGAGGCUGUCGGACGUGUGGAAGGGAUGGAGGCGUGUAAGUCCUGCAUACGAUGCGGCGUUUAACAGGAUGCUCGAGGAAGUGUAUUCCACAGCGCCGUCUUCUUGUACUGAUAGCGUGAGGUACUGCUGCUUCGGGAACGGGACUCUCUGCGUUUUUCCCAUCGAGGAAGACAUGGCGAUGAUGGAUGGCUUCGAAGUAAGGGUAACGCAGAUGCCCCAAUCCUCCUCUGAACCCGUUCCCAAUGCACCUUCUCUGUUGAGCGUGGACAACGCAGGCUACGUGGUUGCUGCUGCGCUUGAUCACUAUUUUACUGAGUUGACCAGCGCUGUUGCGAUGACGUGUGACGAUCUUCGUGCAAAAGUCGUUGCACUGCUGCACAAAAAGAAGCCAGACAGUGCCGACGUCCACGCCACAGUAGCGGACCAUUUUCGACUCACUGGUGAUGCCUGGGACACACUGACCUUCGUUCGCCCAGGUAGACUCCAGCACACAGUCAUGGUGCGCGGCUUCUUCUUCAAAGGCAGGCUUGCCUUGGUCGAGCAGCUCGGCGCAGAGGUGGAUGUCGUGCCGCUCUUCUUUGCAGACGAGAAAGGCUCUGGCAUGCUUGAGGAGGGUAGGCGGCGCGUUCAGCGCCUUUUCUCACAGACACUGGCUACCCUCUACAGUGAGCUUGGGCAAGCCUGCAAUGGCGUUGAGAUGCUAGGUGAAGCAGCUCUUCCACCAAACGCGGCACUCACUGCUGCUGUGAUGGUACCCUCCUCUGAGCGCGACGUGGUCAGUGGUGUGCUGCUAGACGUACGCCCAGUGACUCCUCAGUUGUCGUUUGAUCGCCGUGUCACCUGGAUGGACGUGUGCGCCGUCGGUCGGCAGCGUUCUGGUGCUACACGAGGGACUCACGAACCACUUGACGCUGCCGGCGUCUCACGCGGCAGAAGCGAUGAAGAGGACAGUGUUCUCUUCCGCCUCACCCAUCUACCUGUGGCGUCGCUGCAGGCGUACGAUAGUGUAAGCCGUCGCGUCUUUCCACUGCUUAACCGACAGCUCACUGCUGACCAGCGGCACAAGCACGAAAUGACAGAAGAGGGUGUAGAAGUCCCAGUGAGAGGUGUGCUUGACAUCUCUUCAGCUACUGCGAUGACUUUACCCAUCUGUGUUGGGGCUGUAGCGUGUGUAGUUGUGGCACUUUGCGUGGCUCGUUGGGUUCGUCGCUUCUAG